AUGGUCCUUAACAAGUACCUGGACCAUGUGAAAGAUGGAAACUUGUCAACAGCGUGGGAGUUAAACGUGCUCAGCUCCCCGACUGCCUUUCCAACCAUUCUGGAACCCAUGAGUUCGCCCUCUCCAUCAAGCAUCAAGGAUCCCUCGGAAUCUGAGAUGGGCAUGGUGAACGUCACUGACUCGACACCUUUGCCGCCUGAUGAGGAGAUUAAUUUCUUCAGAGACCCUCCAGGUCCAAGAAAAAUGGCUUUGAAUGGAACAGAAAGCUUUUCCAACCAUUCAAACACCACAGCGGAAGACAUGUGUGCACCAGACCGAGAAAUCAGCCAGGUGAUCUUCACAGUGCUCUAUACUGUCUUCUUUAUUGGUGGGCUCCUGAUGAACAGCUUGGCCAUUUGGGUGUUCUUUCAAAUCCCGAGCAAAUCGAACUUCAUUGUGUACCUUAAGAACACUGUCAUGGCCGACCUGCUGAUGACACUGAUAUUUCCGUUUAAAAUAAUCAUCGAGUCAAGAUUCAGAACGCCAGGACUCCAAGUCUUCGUAUGUCAAGUCAGUUCAGUCCUAUUCUACUUGACCAUGUACAUCAGCAUCAUAUUUUUAGGGUUGAUUAGCGCUGACCGCUACCAGAAAGCAGCUAAACCAUUUGGCCAUUCUGGCACGUGCAAACCCAGAACUGCAAAGAUUCUCUCAGCAACAGUAUGGCUGUGCAUGUUUCUCUUGGUGCUGCCCAAUAUGAUACUGUACAAGGGAAACACCAUGCCAGAAAAUGAGCGUAAAUGCUCCUCUCUCAAGACUGACCUGGGCUUAAAAUGGCACGAACUGGUCAGCUUUGUCUGCCAGAUCAUAUUCUGGAGUAACUUGAUAUUAAUAGUCGUGUGCUACUUCCUAAUAAGCAGAGAACUUUAUAAAUCCUAUCGCAAGACAAAAGGCAGUUCCAGGCAAGCUAAGAAAGUCAAUUACAACGUCUUUCUUGUGCUGGCUGUGUUCUUCAUCUGCUUCGUUCCUUUUCAUUUCGCCAGGAUCCCAUAUACACUUACUCAGACCCGAGGUGCUUACCAGUGCUCCACUCGAGUUGCUCUUUAUUACAUAAAGGAAAGCACACUGAGUUUGUCAGCGUUGAAUGCGUGUCUUGACCCACUGAUUUAUUUUUUUCUAUGCAGGUCAUUCAAGAACAUGCUAUUUGCAAAGCUGAACAACUGUGCAAACAGAUUAUCAAAAAUACAGCCAGGUGAUUAUCAAUCCAGCAUGGACACUCCACUCUAA